AUGUGUUCGAGCGGAGACACAAAGGCAUUCCCCACGAUCAAGGAAAUUCGAACUUUUCUUAUUGAUGAAGUGGGCUCCGGUGGUGAUUGUCAUGAUGUAAAGCGAGGUCAUUGGCUCGUUGAUGAUCCUAUUGCGAAUCCUAUGUCUCGUUAUGCGGAAUAUAAAUCCUCGCGUGUCCAAUGGGGAAUAAAUGUAUUGAGUAGUUUUUGUGUAGAAAUCGAAACCAGUGAUGGUUCAACAGGAUUUGCGACCGGUUUGGGUGGACCUGUAGCUUGUUGGUUGGUCGAACAGCACUUUCGUCGAUUUUUGAUUGGGGCAGAUCCUCGUGACACGAAUUUAUUGUGGGAUCAAAUGUUUCGGGCAAGCAUGUUUUAUGGGCGAAAAGGAUUGCCAAUAGCCACAAUUGGUGUGAUCGAUUUAGCCCUGUGGGACUUGAUUGGAAAAAUUCGCCAAGAACCUGUUUAUAAAAUGAUCGGAGGAAAGACGAAAGACGAGUUGAGAUUUUAUUGCACGGGUCCUUGCCCAAGCGAAGUGAAGAAAAUGGGCUUCUGGGGUGCAAAGGUUCCGUUACCAUAUGGACCUGAUGAACCAGAUGGCUUGAAAAAGAAUAUUGAGUUUCUGAGAAAACACCGAGAAGAGGUUGGUCCCGACUUCCCAUUAAUGGUUGACUGUUACAUGGCGCUCAAUGUUUCCUAUGCGAUCGAAUUAGCGUCAAAGACCCUUGAUCUGAACAUUAAUUGGUUCGAGGAAGUUUUGCAUCCGGACGAUUUCGAUGGGUAUGAAAAACUGAAAAUGGCGUUACCACAAAUGAAAUGGACCACUGGUGAACACGAAUACACACGUUACGGUUUUCGAAAAUUGAUCGAAUCGCGCAACAUCGACAUCGUUCAGCCAGAUGUUAUGUGGGUCGGUGGUCUUACUGAACUCUUGAAAAUAUCGGCACAUGCAUCAGCUUACGAUAUUCCCGUUGUUCCACAUGGUUCCGGGCCUUACUCCUACCACUUUGUCAUUUCACAGUUAAAUUCACCAUUUGUGGAAUAUAUCGCAAAUUCACCCGAUGGAAAGAGCGUUCUACCCGUCUUUGGAAAUUUAUUUUUGAAUGAACCCAUGCCCUUAAAUGGAGUUUUGGGAGUGAACGCACUUGGCAAUGCGCCUGGCUUUGGCUUGGUUCUAAAUCCGAAAGUGAAGCUGAUUCCUGCUGCGCGAAUUUUGACUCCAUCGCCAGAGAAGCCGCUAAAGUUGUCGAAUGACGUAGAGAACAAAUAA